AUGAUGUGGAGGUCUACCAACAGAUUGUUGAUGGGUACUUUGACUUCAAGGGCCCAGAGUGGGAGACAGUACUCAGACCAGGCCAAGGACUUUGUGAGCAAGCUACUGACCUACAAGGAUGAAGAACGGCCAACAGCAGAGGAGGCCCUCAGCCAUCCCUGGAUCACUGGUGAUAAUAGUGGUGUGCCCUUUGCUGCUGCUGAGCCUCAAAUUGUGUGGAGUGCAGGUAAGCACAACACUCCCACUGAGCAAAGCAAAGACUUGGCCAUGUUUGUUGCUACUAGGAAGGAACAAGACCAACCAGAAGCCAGACAUGACAGGCACAAGGGAACGGAAAAGGAUGAGGAUGUUUCUGCAACAAGGCAGGUCCCACCGGAACCACACAAGCUGACACCCUCUCUGCUGAAGAACCAGUGA